AUGUCUCAACCACCGUCCCCCUUUCCUCCACAGUCUCAGUUCCAUUCACCGCAAAUAAUGAAUCCAGACACACCCCCUCCACCACCUCCAAAACCCAGCAGCCACGAGGCCAGUCGAGGCGGCACCCCGCAAAACACUUCUGCUGCACAGUACCAUCCAGACAACCAAACAAAGACACAGCAGGGCGCAUUUCCCACAAAUCCUCAACAGACCUAUCUCCCUGACCCUCCAACAAUUGAGGAGGGCUGGCUACCGGACUUGGUGACCGAUAAAUCAACAACCGACCUUCAAACAAUCCUCCAAGACCCAAUCUUGCUCUCCGCUCUCUCAAGCCAACACCCCUCUUAUACAGCUCGCCAGCAAUCCCUCGAGGCCCUAAUCCAAACGAAUAAAGAGCUCGCAACCCGCGUCCUGGAGAUGCAGAACCACCUCGCAGAAGUCCGCGCUUCCACUGAAACAAUGCUCAUCACACAUCAAUCCCUGGAGGUCUCCUGGCGCAAGAAGCAGGCCGAGAUGGACGCCGCCCUGGCCCCGUGGUCGCCCAAAGCACUAUACCAGCGCUUUAGCGCAGCGAUCACGGAACAGGAGGCUGUGUGCCAUGCCGUUGAGGAGAGCUUCCUGGAUGAAGAUCACCACGGCCGAGCCACGGAGAAGGAGAUUGCCGAUUGGGUCAGGCGCGUGCGGGCCGAGGCAUCCAAGUUGGCGGCUAGGAAGGAGGCUAAGGCCCGGUGGGAUGAAGGACGGGUUGGGGGCUGGCGAUGA